CUCUUUUCAUUUUUUUUCUUUUUUUUCUUUUUCCAAUGAACAUUUGACCAUCUCAGCCAUGCGUCCUGUUACAUACCCAUGGAGUAGCCGUUCUAACUCAGAGUUGUCCUGUGUUUUUGUAGCUUAGUGCGAUGUGUUUGUAUGUGGUGUCCUUUUUCGUCGUGCACUACAACGCGACAUGACCAGAGAUUAAUUAUUCAAGGACUGCCUGCCAGUGACACCUGAUAGCACGGACUUACAAUAUUACAACCUGAUAUCAGGUGAAGUGGUUGACACUGUUACAGCUUCUUUUCUGCUCAUUCACCUCCUACAUCUGUGUGUUCUUGUUCUGUAAUGCUACAGUACUGAGUGAAAACAUACUUUUAGAAGAAAUUUUUCCUGUUUUCAUCUUUGGGCUGUUCUUCCUUUGUUAACAUUUUGCAGCUUUCUCUUUUUUUUUUUGCCAAUGCUCGUCACUAACAAACAGCUGAGUCUUGGUCGCUCCCACAGUUGGGACACAUUAGGGGGGAAUGAGGGUCAGUGGGACAAGGCUGAAAGUGUCUACGAGCAGCAGGGGAGAGUAACAGGCCGGCGGAGCUCUCUGUCAUACGGAGAGGGAGUUGCGUGGUACGAGCCUCCACCAGGGGUGCGUCCCCCUGACCUGGAUUUGAAACGUGAUCUGUACACCUACCAAGAGUCUCCUUACGGACAGGUUUACACAGAGCGACAAGACCCACGGGGGCUGAGGAAGGGCUCUGUGCCGGAUCUAAACCACUACGAACGAGCACUGAUGGCUCACAGAGGUUCUAUUCCACAUCAGGAUUACUAUUCCCAUGACCCAGCCAUGACUCCUCGAGCACCUGAGGGCUUUUACCGGCCGGAACACCAACCUCCGCCACCUCACCCACAUCCACUUAGUAGGUCAGGCUCUCAUUUUGGGAUAGCACCUGGGACUCGUGCUGCCUGGGAUCAAGGUCAGGGAGGGAGAGCAGGACCUCAAGCCCCUUCAUCGCCUUUACCACCUCCUCCCCCUCCCCCAACAGCUCAUGAGUUGAAUCGGGUUUAUAGGGAAGCUGGUGCUGUAACUGCUGCCAAGACGAUGCCAGAUGGCCAACAGCGUCUACCCUCCCGAGAUCCAUCUCCUGCUCGCUAUGGUAUGGAACAUAUGUCUCCUCGGUAUGCCACUGAACCUCCACCGAUGACCGGUCAAACAGUUUAUAGUGAUGUUAAUGGAUGCACACUGGAUCCUCAGCAGCAGUCUGCUACCUGUCUAGUUGUUGAUCCUGCAAGUCAGGGUAUGAUUAUGAGGCAUGAGACAGCCUCACCCCACAUUGUUCAACAGCAACAGCAAAUACAGCAGCAGCAUCAGUUACAACAGCAACUCCAGCAACAACAGUUGCAGCAGCAGCAACUUCAACAACAACAAAUACAACAGCAGCAGGUACAGCAACAGCAGAUACAGCAGCUUCAGCAACAGCAGUUACACCAGGAACAGUUGCAGCAGCAUCUGCAACAACAGUCUCUGCCACCUCCACCCAUCAUGCCCAUGUCUGACCCUAACAUGCCUAUGACAGCUCCACUCCCUGCUCCCCCUCUCCCAGUGCAAACUGCACCAGUUGCCUCAGCUACACCUGUUCAUGUAGAGACUGUUCUGGCUUCUGCUCCACAUCCCUCAGCUGCUCCACUACCUGCUCCUCUUCCUGCACCUCCCCCCACAGCCCCACAGACGCCUUUGCCAGUGGACCCCAAGAAAACAGUUGACCCCGAGUUCCUCGCCCUACUGCGAAAUGAGGGCCUCUCUGAGAGCACCAUAUCCUCUGUUAUUCAGCAGGGAUUUGACUCCGCUAGCAUGCUGGCUGUUAUGGAAGAAAAUGAUGUCCGCGUUGUCGCCCCCAACCUAGGGCAGGCUCGUGUACUGUCUCGCUUGGUCCAGAACUAUAAGCGACCACCUGAGGCGACCACCCAACCUCAAACACCCAUGCGAGGUCGCUCUAGUAGCUUCAGCCAUCGCUCUGACAUCUACCACCACCAGCAGCAGCACCAUCAACAUCCAUCACACCCUCCACAGUCUUUGACCAUGGAUCCUCAAAUGCUGCCCCCACCAACACCUGGGGCCAUGCAGACCAUCUCUCCCAGAAUGGGUGAAGUAAUGGGUAGGAGGCCCAGCAGUGCCCCCUCUCAGCACCUGAUGGAAGCAUCUGGAGGCUACCCAGGCCAGCCUCCUCGCUCGCCAGGUCCAUAUUCGGGAGCCAUCAUGCCCGUUCAGUCCAGACCCAUGUCAGCCUAUUCUUCUGGGAUGACAAUGCCAGGGAUGCCUGUGCAGGGUAUAUCUAUAAUGCCACAGCAUAUGACUGGGUCAAUGCCUGCCAUACCAGGGUCUUUCCACUCCAUGCCACAGCAGAUGCCUGUGUCCAUGCCAGCUUUACCACAACCUCCACAGCAGGUACCCAAAGCAUAUUCUACCAAUUACACAGUGCCCAUGGAGCUGAUGAAGAGGGACAGGAACUUACUGCCAUUAUCACCAAUGCACAGCCCUCACCCUAGUCCUCAACUGAUGCGUAAGGGUGGGGGACCUGCAUCAGACAACGCCCUCAUCCCUGUGGGAGUACAAGUUCAAGGCCAAGGUGCCCUGGUUGCAAACCAGAAGCUAAGUCGACGCACGGGUCCACCAGUCAUCGUGUCCACUAUGGCAUCUCCAGAUAUAAGUAUCCGGCCCCAGAUUAUGAAUGGGCCUAUGCACCCACGCCCCCUGGUGGCGCUGCUCGAUGGGCGCGACUGCACUGUGGAGAUGCCCAUCCUCAAAGAUCUGGCCACCGUCGCCUUCUGUGACGCCCAGUCGACACAGGAGAUACAUGAAAAGGUGCUGAAUGAGGCUGUAGGAGCCAUGAUGUACCACACCAUCACUCUGACCAGAGAGGACCUGGAGAAGUUCAAGGCACUGCGCAUCAUCAUCCGCAUUGGCAGCGGCUACGACAACAUCGACAUCAAGGCUGCCGGCGAGCUUGGCAUCGCAGUGUGUAAUAUUCCCUCAGCGGCUGUAGAAGAAACGGCAGACUCAACACUUUGUCACAUCCUCAACCUGUAUCGACGGAACACCUGGCUGUACCAGGCUCUCCGGGAGGGCACGCGGGUCCAGAGUGUGGAGCAGAUCCGCGAGGUGGCGUCAGGGGCAGCAAGGAUCCGAGGGGAGACGCUUGGCCUCAUCGGCUUUGGUCGCUCAGGCCAGGCAGUGGCGAUGCGCGCCAAGGCGUUCGGCUUCAGCGUGAUCUUCUACGACCCCUACCUCCAGGACGGGUUGGAGCGCUCGCUGGGCGUUCAGCGCGUCUACACGCUCCAGGACCUGCUCUACCAGAGCGACUGCGUCUCCCUGCACUGCAACCUGAACGAACACAACCACCACCUCAUCAACGACUUCACCAUCAAACAGAUGCGUCAAGGUGCUUUCCUGGUCAACGUGGCACGGGGAGGUCUGGUUGAUGAGAAAGCUUUGGCUCAGGCUCUGAAAGAAGGCAGAAUACGCGGCGCCGCCCUCGACGUCCACGAGUCAGAGCCUUUCAGUUUUUCCCAAGGUCCCCUAAAAGACGCCCCCAACUUGAUCUGCACUCCACACACUGCCUGGUACAGCGAGCAGGCGUCUCUGGAGAUGAGAGAGGCCGCCGCCACAGAAAUACGCAGAGCCAUCACCGGCCGCAUCCCGGACAGCCUCCGAAACUGCGUCAACAAAGAGUUCUUUGUCACCUCGGCACCGUGGGGAGUGAUGGAGCAGCAGCAGCCUCAGAUUCACCCUGAGAUCAAUGGCGCCGCCUACAGAUUCCCUCCUGGUGUGGUAGGCAUCGCCCCCGGUGGGAUUCCUGGACCUAUGGAGGGUUUGUUGCCCGGGGGUAUCCCCAUCACCCACACCCUGCCGCCUGGCACCCACCCGUCACAGGCCACCUCCCCGAACCAACCCUCCAACAAACACGUCGACCCCAUGAGAGAGCACAUGACUGAGCCGUAGCCGUAACAGAGCGCUGGGGCGGGGAGGGUUAAAAAAAACAAAAAAAAAAAACGACGUAUACCAACUCAACCAUCUCACCGUAUGCUUGACUUCAGCCACCUGAACCUACCAGCACACACACACACACAUCUUUUCUUUUUCUAUGAAACCACUAAGCCCAAGUGAGGACAGUCGAUGUUCACGAGCUGCCGCACUGAGAUGGGACUGAAACCAAAACCCUUUCCUCCCUCCAUCAUCUCCUCUCCAUUGAGUUCACUUUUUAGUCUCUAUUUUCGAGUAUAUUUUAGGGAGAUUCCUCCUGACGACGUCUGGGACACGUUUGACACGACCACGUGCAGGAAGGAAAUCUACCCCACCCCUCCCUGGUAGGAAGAAAGAACUUGAAAGGGCAGAUAGACUCCAUUUGUCGUUCCUUCCUCCACAGCUUGUCUUGUUAUUCUUUUUUUUUCUACUUUCGUCUGUUAAUCCUCUACUCUGUGUUUCUUUUGCAAGUUAAUAUCUAUUUAGUUCUGUUCCUCAGUGUGUGAAAAUGAAAGGAUUUACAGUUAAAUGUAUCGACGAGAAAAGAAAACGUCAACGGAUGACGCCAUCACUAAUCUGGACUCCAUGUUUGGUGUUUCAUGACUGUGACCAUGGCCCCUGAAUGUGAGGCAGGACAUGUGGUCUACACUUGAACAUGUUUCAGAUCAUAAGGUUUAAAAAAACAAAACAAAAGAUCAUGGUAAAAUAAAAACAAGGAGGAUUAGGGUCAAAUGUGAAAAUGUUCU